GUUGGUGUCCGGGAGACGCGUUCCAGUCGCUGCUGCCGCCGCCGCUCCCUGUGCCGCUUCAGUCAUGCCGAAACACGAGUUCUCCGUGGACAUGACCUGUGAAGGCUGCGCUGAUGCCGUCUCCCGAGUCCUCAACAAGCUGGGAGGAGUGGAGUUCAACAUUGAUCUGCCCAACAAGAAAGUCUGCAUCGAGUCUGAGCACAGCACAGACACCCUGCUGGCAACCCUCAACAAAACAGGAAAGGCUGUUUCCUACCUUGGCCCCAAGUAACCAGGACCUGGGCGAGCCCCUCCAAAUGUACUGAAGAGGCUGUUGAUCUGGUCUCUUGGCAGAUCUGGAACACCAACUGCUCAGUCCAGCUCAGCCAUGGAAUUCCUGCCCAGACAGGCCUUCCCCUGCCGGCUCCCUGCCAUCUUCUCCGCAAUAAAGUCAGGCUGCAUUUGUUGA